UGUUUUUAGUACUGUUUUUGUAAAUUUGAACUAGAUUUGCAACAACUUUUUCAUUUGAUCUAAUUUUAAUUACGUUUUUAAAUUGUUAUUUCCACUUAUUGCUAACAUGAUGUUUUUCAUGUGGCAGAGUAGUUAUUUGUAUUCUUUCCUUGAUGCUACAUUGUACUUUCAUUAUAUAAUAAAAUUACGAGUACCUAUUUUUAAUAUUCAAAAUGUCCGGUUGCACAUAAGCUAAGCUAGACUCUAUAUUGAGGUUUUUUUUUUGUUUUUUUUUGUUUUUUUUUUUUAGUAAAAUCUUUUUCUAAAUUUUACAUUUUGCUCCACUAUAUAUUUUCUCUUUAAUAAUCGAUUUUGAUUUUCUUUUCUAUUUUCAAAUGUUGAUGUGAUUUAUUUGGUGAUUUUAUGUGUUUGUAGGUGAAAAAUUCAAUAUUCAGCAUUAAUCAUACUUUUAGAUGGAAUAUUUUUUUUUUUUUUUUUUUUUUUGAGGAUAAUGGAAUUAUUUUGUUCAACAAAUUGUAUUUUAUGCUAAAAUGUAUUCAUUUAUUCAAGUAUUGUACAUGCCGCUGUAGAAAGUUCCAUAUUUUUAAAGUUUUGGUUCACUUAUCAAUUAAUUUAUAUUGCAUUUUGAAAUAUAAUCAAUUAUCAUUGGUUUUUAAUUUAAUUAAUCAUUGGAUUUUUUAGGUUUAUAUUGCAAUUUUUUCUAUUUUGAUGUCAAAUAUUUUCAUUAAUCACGCCAAUUUAAAAACUAUAGUUGAUCAUUAACUUUUAAUUUGAUGCUUGAUAUAGGAUGUAUCAAUUUAUGGUUAUGAGGAUUUUGAUUAGUUUUUACGUAAGUUUUAUUUAUAUGAAUUGAGUUUAAAUAUCUAUAUAAGUAUUUAGCAUUAUAAUGGAUUUAAAGUGUUGUAAGUAUUUCUAUGUAAAUUAAAAAUAGAUGUUCAAUUAAAUUCGAUAACAAUAUGAAACAAACAUUUCUCAUAUUAGUUUAAUCACAUAUAGUUUUGUUUCAUUUCGCAACCAGUGGGUUUUAGAAUUUUGGUUUUGUUUCAUUUCGCAACUAGUGGAUUUAUGAAUUUAACACUAUUAUUAAAAUAUUUUCUACUAUUUUUAUAUGAAAUUGAAAUACUAGGCAAAAAUACAAUUAUACAAAUGCAAAAACAAUUAUUAUAAUACAUUAAACCACGGUGCAUUGUACGGGUUUAAGACUAGUUAAUUUAAAAAGUUGGAAAAAAAAAAGAAAAAAAAAAAGAAUCCAAGAAUAUAUAACCAAUAGAAAAUAAAAAUGACUCAAAUGAGGGUUGAAGAGAAGCGAAAAAAUAGGGGAAUGUGGGAGUGUGGGACAACAAUUACACCCUCUCAUAAAGUCAUUAACCAACACUUUAACCGUCACUUUCCAUUUUCUCAAUUUCAAUUAUCUUCUCUCAAAUAGAUACUCCAACAAAAUGGAGAAGUGUACUAAUUUCAAUAAUAAUCACGGCAAAUCCAAGAAAUACUAUUACUACAACAACAAUAACAGUAGUAGUAACAAUAGUAUUAAUAAUACAAUUGAAGGUGGUUUAGGAGUAAUGAUUAGGAAAGGGCCGUGGAAACCCGAAGAAGAUCAAGUUUUAAUCAACCAUGUUAAGAAUUAUGGUCCUCGUGACUGGAGCUCCAUUCGAUCCAAAGGUCUUCUUCAACGUACUGGCAAAUCGUGUCGUCUUCGUUGGGUUAAUAAACUUCGUCCCAACUUAAAAAAUGGGUGCAAGUUUACAACAGAAGAAGAAAGAAUGGUGAUAGAAUUGCAGGGAGAAUUCGGGAAUAAAUGGGCGAAAAUUGCGACAUAUAUGGCAGGAAGAACUGAUAAUGAUGUCAAGAAUUUCUGGAGUAGCAGGCAAAAGAGAUUGGCUAGGCUUUUGCACUCUCAAUCUCCUACUCGUAUUAAAAAGAAGCACAAAUCUUCUGCUUCUACUUCCAAGGAUCGUCCUCACUUUCGCGAGGUCUCUAAGAAUUCUUCAAUGGAGGGAGAAUCAUCCUCCAAAGCACAAUCUCUUAACUCGUCUUCUAACAGCAGCAAAGGCAAGAAUAGUAUGGAACUGAUACCGUUUCCUGGUUCAAUUGACCACAGUUGUCCGUGUUUUGAAGCUAACAACGCAACUUGUCUUGAUCCAAUCCCCUUGAACACAUACUACAACCAUACAGACUUGCAACUACUAGAAAUGCCUUCCUUUCCCUCGAUUCCACCCUUCCAAACAGACUUUCCAUUCCUUCCAGAAACACAGGAGCUCAUUGAUAGGCUCGAUUAUAGCUUUUUUGCACCCUUUGGAUACAUAAAUGAGCCUGCUCUCAUCAAUGAUGGGGUUCACCUUUUUUCAUGCUUUGGUGGAGGUGGUAUGAAUGGUGAAACAAGAGUAAAGCGGGAGGACAACCAUGCAGCUCCUGACAGCUUUUUUGAUGACUUCCCAUCAGAUGUGUUUGAUGAGAUAGAGCCAUUACCAAGCCCUCCUCGCUGGUAG